UUCAGUCUACAGUAUCUGGACCGGACCGAGGCAGGCAGGCAGACAGCAAACGUGCAAGGUAGAGGAGAUGGAGGACAAAGAGAAAAAGAAGAAGGAUAAAAAGUCAUCCAAUAGCGACAGAGUCACUCUGAAAAAAGAAAUUGGACUUUUGAGCGCUUGCGCUAUUAUCAUCGGUAACAUUAUUGGUUCUGGGAUAUUUAUCUCACCUAAAGGCGUAUUGGAGCAUGCAGGCUCGGUGGGGCUGUCACUCAUCGUCUGGGUUUGUGGAGGCGGGAUCUGUGCCCUCGGGUCCAUGUGCUACGCUGAACUUGGGGUCACCAUCCUAAAAUCUGGAGGAGACUAUUCAUAUGUGACCGAAAUCUUUGGAGGGCUAGUUGGUUUCCUGUUGUUAUGGAGCGCUGUCCUCAUCAUGUAUCCAACCACGCUGGCUGUCAUCGCGCUCACUUUCUCCAAUUACGUCCUGCAGCCGGCAUUCGAGGACUGCCUGCCACCAUACAUCGCCACCAGACUCCUCGCCACCAUCUGUAUCUUAUUCCUGACCUGGGUGAACUGCUCCAGUGUGCGCUGGGCGACGAGGAUCCAGGAUGUGUUCACUGUAGCAAAGCUCCUCGCUCUGGUCCUCAUCAUCGUGGUCGGACUCGUCCAGAUCUGUCGAGGUCACUAUGACGCCCUUCGGCCCAGUGUGGCCUUUGAGUUCAGUCAUGACCCCUCGGUGGGGCAGAUAGCGCUGGCCUUCCUCCAGGCCUCCUUCGCCUACAGCGGGUGGAACUUCCUCAACUACGUCACAGAGGAGAUCGUGGAGCCACGCAAGAACCUGCCCCGUGCCAUCUACAUUUCCAUCCCACUGGUGACCCUCGUCUACACUCUGACCAACAUCGCAUACUUCUCCUCCAUGACCCCUGAGGAGCUGCUGGCCUCCAACGCCGUGGCAGUGACAUUCGGACAAAAGCUGCUUGGGAUGUUUUCCUGGGUGAUGCCGAUCUCAGUGGCCCUGUCCACCUUCGGAGGAAUCAACGGAUACCUGUUCACCUCGUCCAGAUUGUGUUUCUCGGGUGCCAGAGAGGGUCACUUGCCUCAUCUGCUGGCUAUGAUCCACCUAAAGAACUGCACCCCUAUCCCGGCCCUGCUGGUCUGCUGCAUUGCCACCAUAUUCAUCCUGUGCAUCGGAGAGACACACAACCUGAUCAACUACGUGUCCUUUAUCAACUUUUUGUCCUAUGGCGUAACCAUUGCUGGCCUCCUCUACCUCCGCAAGAAAAGACCCAACCUGCUCAGACCCAUCAAGGUAAGCUUGUUGAUCCCCAUCACCUACUUGAUAUUCUGGGCUGUGCUGGUGGGCUUCAGUCUGUACUCUGAACCGGUGGUGUGUGGCCUGGGGAUGGUCAUCAUGCUGACCGGAGUCCCGGUGUACUUUGUGGGUGUUCAUUGGAAGAACAAACCCAAAUGUGUCUACCAGCUAGUUGAGCGAGUCACAUACAUUGGCCAGAAGGUGUGUUAUGUGGUGUUUCCUCAGGAAGACCUUUCAGAGACUGAACCUCUCACUGCCUCCAAAGCCACCGACUGAGCAAUACAGUCCACCAGGAAUUCCCUUUUUACAUCAACACCUGGUCUUCCUUUUUCUUUUUUUUUGCGUUACAAUGUUUUAACAUUGGUCGGUUUGUGGAUGGUGAAGAGAAGGUUUUUGUCAAUGUUCUUGCACAGGUGCAGCCUGAAUGGGGCCACGAUAAAGCUCCAGUAUAAAAGAAGAGGAGGGUUACACAUAGGAGAGUUGCACGUUAAACCCUAAAGCUCUGAAAUAUGUUUGUACUUGCUGGUUGACGCUGAUUAUCUCAUCUUCUCCUUUCUGCUCACUCAAAGAACCUCCGUCUGCCAUCUUCUGCUUCACUGCCAAUACAUGCUUAUUUUAUGACUAACUCCUUGAGCUAAUGUGCCUUAUGAAACGUAUAUGUGUGUUGGUACAGUGGACUGGGUUAUGUGGGUAUUGGGAUUGUGUAAUAUCUUUUUUUAGAGGUACAUAUGCAAGCAGUUUCUGCACUUAGCAAUACUUCUCUGUGACUGCUGCUUCCUUCAGCUCUGCUUCACUAAUCAUUCACAUGAUGCUUAACGUUCGUCAACUGUAGAUGAAUAUGUUUCUGUCUGUAUCUCGUAUCUGGCCACUCUUUUUACUUUACGCCCUGUUCUCCUUUUCCUUUUUACACUAUAACACUACAUUCUUCAUGUUAUUACGAGAGAUUUUCGACAUGACACUCAUCAUUCCCAGCAAUAUGUACAGCGCACAUUGGAUGGUGGGACGUUUGUGGCCGUCGGCGAGACAAAUGGCUCUAGGAAAGGAACAAGUUGCAUCGUUGCAGCGCGAGUCGACGGGCUGUUCUGCUUUGGAAGCGUUCUCUUCUUUAGGAAUGCCACUGUGAACUCUCUCAAGUUGCUUGACCCACCAGGACACAUUUUGCCCUUUCCGAUUCCUCUCCGGACGUUACGAUGCAGCACUUACCAUGUAACAUGCUGUCGGAUGACACAUCCGUAUUGACAGAUCUAUGGGGGGUUGGCAGUGGAGCAGUGGCCUGCUGCCACUUCCCCAAAGAAACAUCACCACUGAACUGACCCCAGGCCCACAACGUGUUGUAGAUCAGCUGUAUAGCUAUGGUAUUGUUGACAUAUUAUACUGUAGUUGAAUUGACUCGAAGGACUUGAAACACUAAUUUGCCCCCAAAUAGAAGAGAUUAUUGUCCUUGGAGGGUUGGUAGCACUACCCUAACACAAUAUGCUAAUGUACUGUGCUUCUGGUGAUAGUGUAUGUUUUAAUGGAUUUAAGUAACCUCUUAUAGCACUUGUCUUUCAUCUGUUUACGUUGUGCAUACAACAGAGCACAUGAAGGUUCGGGCCAGUGGCCUUUUUUCUUUUUAAUCAGCAGGUUGCAACUGGAAUAGAACAUUCAGCCCUUUUCAAGGCCAGUCGAUGCCAGGAAUUGACCCGGUGCAUCAUAUCCAACCAGAGACUUCAGUCAGCAGCGUCCGUCUGCCAUGCCCAGGCGCUGUUCGCUCAGUUGAGAUCUGUAAAUACUGUGUAAAGAAUAAAACAAACCGUUACAAAUGCACCGGGGGACUCCUUCAAAGAUCACAUUCCUCAGACAUGUCGUGAUACAUUUACAUACUGUGCAAUUGUUUGGUGCGACUGUCUUUUGUAAUAACAAUGUAAUGACUUAUUAAAUUUAGCAACUUCUAA